AAGAGAUUGAAGAACAAGAAAGGCUGUAAUGGCUGGAAUUAAGGAGAAUUAUGGCUCCCAUCAUGAGAUAAGAGUCGAAAGAUCAGUUUCCUACAAUGAACAUACGUCGAGGAGGCCGCCGCCGGAGUUGCCGUCUCUAUUACUUCAUGGAAGAAUCAUUUACAUCGGAAUGCCUUUUGUUCCAGCUGUCACAGAGCUAGUUAUUGCUGAACUGAUGUACCUGCAAUGGAUGGAUCCAAGAGAACCAAUAUAUCUUUAUAUAAACUCCACAGGAACAACUCGAGAUGCUGACGAAACUCUUCUUGAUCCACAAUCUGUGAAAUUGGGCUGGGUUUGAUGCUGCUCGUGACGUUCUUAUUCGUGCAAAAGAGGUCAAGAUCCUUCUAUAGCCUGGUAAUUUAUUUUGAAGUAGAACUCAGUUUCUUUGACUCUGAUUUUUGCUGGUGUUGAGGAUUGUUCGGUGGGAGUUCCACAU